AUGGCAGGCUCCUUAAGUAAGCUGCUGGAAACCAGUCCCAAGCCAGACAUCCAAAGAACCGAUGAAUACCAUCCUGCAUGCUGUCAGAAGCAUCCCUUGGACCAGCAUUUGCACACCUCCUUUCCUUCAUCAGAUUCAGCCAAGGAAGAGGAGAAAGAAAAGGAAGAAAAACAGCAAACUAAGAGUGGAAGCCCUCAUUGCACAGCCGCGGGAAAGAGGGAUGUUGAGCCCCCAAAAUCUCCUAAAUUCAUGAAGAUAGACAGAAGCCAUCUUGCCAAGAAAGGGAAGUCAGAGAAGGGGAGGAGAAAGGAAGAAAAGCUCAGCCAAAGUAAGAAGGAGCCAUUAGGGUUUCUUGAAAAAUGGUGA